CAAACCCCGGAUGUUGAGCUGUGGCCAUUUUCGCGUUGAACACUUCCUGGAAAGAAACUAUAUUCAGCGACGUUGAAAAAUGACAGAACAACAGCUAGACUGUGCUUUAGAUUUGAUGAGGCGUUUGCCCCCACAACAGAUUGAGAAAAAUUUAUGCGACCUCAUUGAUUUAGUUCCAACCCUAUGUGAGGAUCUUCUAUCAUCCGUUGAUCAGCCUUUAAAAAUAGUUAGAGAUAAAACAGUAGGAAAAGAUUAUUUACUAUGUGACUACAAUCGUGAUGGCGACUCAUAUAGAUCCCCAUGGAGCAACAGCUAUGACCCACCCCUAGAUGAUGGCACCAUGCCAUCAGACUCCCUACGAAGGCUGGAGAUUGAAGCCAACAAUGCCUUUGACCAGUAUAGAGAAAUGUAUUUUGAAGGUGGGGUUUCCUCUGUUUACCUGUGGGACCUGAACCAUGGAUUCGCUGGGGUCAUUCUUAUUAAAAAAGCUGGGGAUGGUUCUAAGAAAAUCAAAGGCUGCUGGGACUCCAUUCAUGUUAUUGAGGUUCAGGAAAAGUCCAAUGGGAAAAAUGCACAUUAUAAGUUGACAUCUACUGUGAUGCUCUGGCUUCAGACCAGUAAGGAAGGGUCAGGGACCAUGAACCUUGGUGGCAGCCUAACUAGACAAAUAGAAAAUGAUGCUGCUGUCAAUGAAAACUCACCUCAUAUAGUUAAUAUUGGAAAGAUGGUGGAGGAGAUGGAGAACAAAAUUCGUAACACAUUGAACAACAUCUAUUUUGGCAAGACAAAAGACAUCGUCAACAGCCUUCGCGCCAUUGAUCCUAUUCAAGAUUCAAAACAGCAGCAACUCUUCAAGAAAGACCUCUUCAAUGUUCUCUCACAGAGGACCCAGGCCCAAUGAUGUUUUUCCCUGGCUGUGACAGCUCAUGUUCCUGUUGGAGACCCAUGAGUAAUGGUUUAUGAAAGUGAUCUACGCCUUUUUUUUUCUAUGUUUAAUCAAACUUUUUCACCACAUUCGUUCCUAGUUUAUUUGAAACAAAAAAUAAUAAUAUUUAAAUAAUGAAAUGAUGCUUUAAAUAGCAUAUAUAUUGAGGUGUUGUAUUUUUUUUAAAGUUUGUUGAGACAAAGAUGGCAGGUCGAUUUCAAAUAGCAUUACUCUGGUUCUUGUUUGUUUGAAUAAUUUUCUAUUAUUGUAUAUCAUUGGACUGAUUCAGUUACUGUGUCACUUACAUGCCUUUUUUUAAAAUGAUUGUUUUUGUUUGUCCACAAUCCAACCCAAACUAUUCAAACAGCCUUUAGACUUGUAACAUUUCAUAGCUUCGUUAUGCCACUUCUGUUAUAAAACUUUAAACUAAUUGAUUGUAUUUGGAAAAUGGUUCCCUGUUUAAAGAAGUGUUUGUGUUAUUGUGUAUGUGAGUCUUUCAAUUUUCUUUUUUUAAAUAGUGGUGUUUUCUUUCUGUCAAAGAUUUGUUGUUUUUUUGUCAGACAAGAUUAGUGUACAGCUGUCCAUUUUUUUCCCUCCUGAAUAAUUACUUAAAUUAAAUUCCACGCUAUCCGGCUCGAAUUCUCUGAAUGGGGUUUUGCAAUCCUUCAAGUGUGUAAAAUAUAGUUAACUUGUGAAUUCAUUUACUUUAGCCCUGACUUAUGUAAAUGAAUAAACUUCAGAUUAUUAUAAAAAGCUAAGAUUUUUUCCUAAAUCUCUGAUUAUUACUCAUAGCAUGAUGGUACAUUUCUGUUGUAUAUAGGAGGCUGCUAUAUGUUGGUAACAUGUCUGGGUGUUGACACUAAACUCACUAGAGUUAUCUUUUUAUUGAGAACCCUUCCAGGAGUAGCUAUGUCUCCUUUCUAGAAUGUUGGGUUCAGAUGAACACCUAGUAUGGGUUAAGGGGGUUCAGUAUUGUUGUGUGAGUACCUAGCUCCUGAUUGUUUUCACUAAUGUGCAUACAUAAAUACACUAGGUUAAAUGCUACAACCUAAGUACUUCUUUCCUUUAACUUGUGAACAAUUUUAUUUAUUAAAAUAUUAUAAAUUAGAUUGUAAUGAUGGUUUAUUUCAUGAAACAAUACGCGAACUAUGAAUAUUAAAGCCGUUCGAGUUCUUAAAUUCUUUUCUACAGUCAUGCUAGAAUGUUGAUCCUUAUGCUUGUAUUAUAUUCAAACUAUAUUUUAUGAAGCAAAUCAUGAAUAAAUUCAUACCAAGCA